UUUAAAUAUGUCUAUCUGCCAAAUAAGUAUAGAGAUCGCCUCUCGACAAUGCGCAAUAAGCUGCACAAGCUGGGCGCUGCUUCUGGUCGUCUUUUAGAUAUUCACUAUCCAGCAAGAGGAGUUGUUGCCGUACGCAUCCAUGUUGGAUAUUAUAACGAGUUUACAAAUCUCUUGGAAAAAUGGAAGAUUGCACCACUCCUGGAUUUCAAUCCUUUGGACCAUCAUCACCUUCGUGACCCCAAACUUCUUGAAACUUUAACCAGUGACGAGGAGCGCACAACAAAGUUGAGGGAAAUCCAUCAGCAACGUUUGAUCCGUGCUUUGGAAUACAUGCGUGUACAUGUUCGCAGGCCAGUGGCCCGUGAUUUUGUAUAUAGCGGCUGGCUUACU